UCCUUAUUCUUCUUCUUCUUCUUCUUCUUCUCCCCUUGGAGUUUUGCCUUUCCACAGCCUGCAAAAAUGGAGCGCAAGAAGACGAUGACGAUGAACUGGGACGGACUCCGGGACGACGACGACGACGACCGGUUUUUCGAGUCCAUCGAGAGAAUGUCAUGCGCCGUGCCGUCGGAUUUGGCUUCCUCUUCCGACGAGGACGAUUUCGAGGACAGUCGAAUGUCCUUCGCAUCCGUCUCCACCAAACACGACGAGUUCAGAGCCUUCGCAAUGGCCGGCCAGAUGACGCCGGAAUAUGACAUUUGGAUGGCCGCACCGGGAUCGAUUAAGGAGCGUCGAAAGCGAUUGCUCGAAGGAAUGGGCCUGAACAGCGGUAAACAGUUACAGAAGCUCAAGAGCAGGGAAUUCCAGCGGGAAGUUUCAAGGAAAAUCGCGAUCACUCAAAUUUCACAGCCGGAACCCGUCGGCUCUCCCGAAGUAGAUCCGAAGCAAGAUCCAUCAUCGCAAACGCCAUUGCCGAUCGUGCUCGUCCGCUCCCGAUCCGACGGAGAUAUCGACACGUUCUCGAUUUCCAGAGGACGCAAAGACGAUCUAAUCGGGAAUAUCUCGAAGCAGCGCCUCACGAGAACAUACUCGAUGAUAUUAGCGUCAAGUGCUCGGAUGUGUAAUUAUCCUGAUUCGGUGAGAGUUCCGAACGAAUGCGGCGAAACCAUUAGGCAAGGACCGACGUUAUCGACCGUGUUCUCGAACAACAGGUUAGGCGCAUUUUUUCUAAUCAAGAAUCUGGAUACAGGAAAGGAGUUCAUCGUGAAUGGAUACGACGAAGACGGAAUGUGGAAUAAGCUCAGCGAUAUCCAAACAGGAAAGCAGCUUACAAUGGAGGAAUUCGAGAAAUGCGUCGGAUAUUCACCGGUGGUGAAGGAAUUGAUGCGAAGAGAGAACGUGAGAAACGGAUUCGGGAGCAAGAUCAACAUGAACUCGUAUCUCUCGAAGAGCUUGAGAAUGAGCAAGAGAAGAGGAGCGGCUCUAUUGAAGAACAUCAAGGGCUCAAUGACAGGUCUAAUGGGAGAUCAAAAGGAGAGGGAAAUGUCUGCAAUGUCGCUGGAAUCGAAACCUAGCAAGAACGCAUCGUCGUCCUGUCCUCCUUCUCCUUGCCCUGCUGCUCCUUCUACUCCUUCCUCGUCUUCCACGCCGUCGUCGUCAGAGUGGGUAAAAGUGCGGCAGAGCGGCAGAUCGUACAAGGAACUUUCGGCGCUGCAUUUCUGUCAGGAAAUUCAGGCGCAUGAGGGCUCAAUCUGGACGAUGAAGUUCAGUUCCGACGCGCGAUUGCUGGCGAGUGCGGGUGAGGAUCGGGUGAUUCACAUAUGGGAAGUGCAGGAAUGCGAAGUUAUGUCGAUGAAACCCAACGAAGAAGGAAGCCUGACGCCGAUUCACCCUUCGUUUUGUCCAUCCCCGGAUAGAUCACCUGGGAUUGGGGAUGUUUCUGCUCUGCCAUCUGAGAAGAGGAAGAAGGGGAAGGGCCUCUCCGGGAGCAGAAAGGGGAAUGUGAUUCCUGAUUAUGUUCAUGCCCCUGAAACUGUCUUCUCUCUAUCGGAAAAGCCAAUCUGCUCUCUGAAUGGCCAUCUCGAUGAUGUUCUUGAUCUCUCUUGGUCCUCUGAUUCUCAGCUGCUGCUUUCAUCUUCAAUGGACAAAACUGUUAGGCUUUGGGACAUGGAAAGCAAGAGCUGUUUGAAGAUGUUUGCCCACAACGAUUAUGUGACUUGUAUACAGUUCAACCCGGUAGACGACAACUAUUUCAUCAGUGGAUCACUUGAUGCAAAGGUGAGGAUAUGGAACAUCCCUGAUCGAUAUGUGGUGGAUUGGACUGAUCUUCAUGAAAUGGUCACCGCCGCUUGCUAUACUCCCGAUGGCCAGGGUGCCAUAAUAGGUUCACAUAAAGGGAGUUGCCGAAUGUACAGCAUAGAGGAUUACAAAUUAGAACAGAAGUACCAGGUUGAUGUGCAAAGCAAAAAGAAGAAUCAUGCAAAAAAGAUCACUGGCUUCCAAUUUGUUCCAGGGAGCCCUACUGAAGUGCUAGUUACUUCUGCUGAUUCUCGAAUUCGGAUCUUGGAAGGCACCGAAGUAACUCAGAGGUUUAGAGGUUUCCGAAACACAAGCAGCCAACUUACAGCUUCGUUCAGUCAAGAUGGGAAAUAUGUGAUAUGUGCAAGUGAAGAUUCUCAAGUAUUUGUAUGGAAGAGAGAGGAGCCACGACAUCCAAGUUCUGGGAAAAAAGGUUUGAUAGCAACCAGAGGUCAUGAACACUUCCCUUGCAAAGAUGUUUCUGUAGCAAUCGCAUGGCCUGGCAUGAUAAGCGGCGAACCGCCAUUGGCGCAAAUGAACUCCAAAAGACAUUCGAAGCGCGCCCCGUCAUCGCAGCCACCUUCAGCCUGCUCCUCACCUACUCGAGAAGAAAACAGCUCAACUGCAAACUGUAAGAAACAGUUGCCACCUCUACCAAAGAAAAACAACAACAAAGAUGCUGGGGAGAACAACAGCAACAACAAUAACAACAGCAACAACAACAAUAGUAACAACAACAACAGUAACAACAACAACAGUAACAACAACAAUACCUCAACUCCUCCAGACGAAGAGCCGCAGCAAGCUCAAAUUACCCGCUUAGAUUCCAAAGGUACUGGGCCGCAGCAAGCUCAAAUUACCCGCUUGGAUUCUAAAAGUACUGGUCAGCAGCAAGCUCAAGUUACCCGCUUAGAUUCUAAAAGUACUGGUGAGUCACCCAGCUUAUCACCUUCAGCCUCAGCCUCACCUUCAGCCUCACCUUCAGCUUCUAUCAAGUAUGUUGAUUCGCCUUCUAUUUCUUCUGCUGCAAUCAACAACCCAUCAUCUUCAGCCUGGUCUUCCUCUUGGAACUGGUUUGAUGUUGGGAACAGCCAUGGUCACCAUGCUGUGCCUGCUACGGCAUGGGGCUUGGUAAUUGUGACUGCUGGGUUGGGAGGUGAAAUAAGGGCCUAUCAAAACUUUGGACUGCCACGUAGGAUUGGGCGACAGACUAAUUUCUGGGCAACUACAUAGGGGAUCGGGAUCGACCCACUCGACAAAUUCAUGAUGAUUUCCUAAUUAGGAUUGGGAAUUUGGCUUCUAGUUUAUUACCAUAUAGAACUCUUUUCUAGUGAAUUGAGUGCUAGGAUAGAGUUCUCUCUAAGGUAUAGUGCUAAAAACGCAAGCUGCCGGGAGGUUGUUUCAAAGGCUAAAGCUGGCUGCUGUUUUUGUAGAUUAUUAUAUACAUCAAAUAUGAACUUCAGAAUAAACUUG